AUGGGCCAAAACACAUUUGAUCCAAACACUGACGUGCCCGACCUCACUGGCAAGGUCUAUGUAGUUACAGGCGGUAGUGCCGGCAUUGGUUUCGGAAUCGUGGCACACCUCCUUCAACAUAACCCGGCCAAGAUAUUCCUCCUUUCCAACAAGAUAGAACACGGCGAGGACGCUGUCCAAGAACUGAAAAAGUGGGGGGACACCAACCUCGUCGAGUGGAAGAACUGCAACCUGCUCAGUUUGAAAGAGACCGACGAGGUCGCCAAAGACCUGAAGCAUCUUGAACAAAUGGAUGCACUCAUUUGCAACGCCGGUGAAGGCGUGGGAAAUUAUAAGAAUUCUGACGACGGCAUUGACUCGCACUUUCAAGUCAAUCACUUAGCGCAAAUGCACCUGGCGCUCACAGUUCUCCCUAUCCUUCAAAAGACACCAAACUCGCGCCUCGUAGUGCAAUCCUCAGAACUGCACCGGAUGGCACCAAAAUCCACCGCCUUUGCAUCUGCGUCUGAGAUCAAUGAAGAAGACAUCGGCGCGUCCUCGCUUUACAGCCGCUCCAAGCUCGCCCAAGUGCUGUUCGUCAAAGCCCUGCUCCGCCGAAUGGAGCAAGGAGAAGUCGGUGGUGGCGGCAGCAGCAGCAGCAGCAGCGGCAGUAGUAGAAGCGGCAUACCAUUCAUGAAUGCUACGCAUCCCGGAGCCAUUGUCACUGACCAGCAGGACCAAGCUGUCGAGGCAUAUGGCACGCUGGGCAAGAUUGGCGUUGCGGCCGUCCGGCCAUUUAUGUCGGACCCUGUCAAGAAGGGGUGCCGAAGCGCUUUAUUCGCUGCAACAAGUGAAGAUGUCGUUAAGGAGAAUAUUCAGGGACAAUAUAUUGUCCCAGAUCGCAAAAUAGACACACCCUCCGAUCGAAGCCAGGAUACUCAGCUCCAAGACCGGCUCUGGAAACUGAGCGAGCAGCUCCUCGAAAGCAAGCUCGGCGUCUUAUCCUGGAAAAAACCAGCACGUAAUUUUAAAAACCUGUCAACACAAACCUGA